AUGGGCGCUGGCGGCGCAGCCAAGCAGAUCGUCGAUUCCCUCCUCGCCCGCUUCCUCCCGCUCGCCCGCCGCCGCAUCGAGACCGCCCAGGCACAGGAUGGGCAAUACCUCCGGCCAUCUGAUCCUAGUUAUGAGCAAGUAUUGGAUUCUCUUGCCAUGGUUGCUAGACACACACCUCUACCUCUUUUGGAAGCUCUUCUUCGGUGGAGAGAAAGUGAAUCCCCAAAAGGUGCUCACGAUGCAUCAACAUACCAAAAGAAGCUUGCUGUUGAGUGCAUAUUCUGUUCAGCCUGCAUUCGGUUUGCUGAGUAUUGUCCGCAAGAGGGAAUAACAGAGAAACUUUGGAUUGGCUUAGAAAGUUUCGUAUUUGAUUGGCUAAUUAAUGCAGACAGGGUUGUGAGCCAAGUAGAGUAUCCUUCAUUGGUUGAUUUGCGAGGUCUACUCUUAGAUCUUGUUGCACAGCUUUUAGGAACUUUAUCACGCAUAAGGUUCAGUUCUGUGACAGAAAGGUUUUUCAUAGAGCUUAAUGUGCGGCGUAUUGAUUCACAUUCACUUGCUCUUAGAAGCGAGACACUCAGCAUAAUCAACGGGAUGCGCUACCUUAAAUUGGGGGAUAUUGGUGAAGAGAGAGGUGGGCUAAAUGCUUCUGUAUCCUUUAUUGCAAAAGCAAAUCCUCUAAAUCGUCCUCCCAACAAAAGAAAGAGUGAAUUGCAACAUGCUUUGUGCAACAUGCUCUCAAGUAUACUUGCCCCACUUGCGGAGGGUGGAAAAGAUCAUUGGCCUCCACUUGGUGUCGAACCUGCAUUGUCACUUUGGUAUGACGCUGUUGCACGAAUAAGAGUCCAGCUCAUGUAUUGGAUGGAUAAGCAGAGCAAGCAUGUUGCUGUUGGUUUUCCACUUGUUACCCUUCUACUUUGUCUUGGUGAUGCCAAUGCAUUCAACUCUAAUUUUUCCCAGCAUAUGGAGAUCCUGUAUAAGUAUCUCAAGGACAAGAACCAUCGAUCAAUGGCUUUGGAUUGUCUUCAUCGGCUAGUAAAAUUCUAUUUGAAUAUUUAUGCGGAUUACCAACCUCGAAAUCAUGUUUGGGACUAUUUAGACAGUGUAACCUCUCAAUUACUGACCGUUCUGAAGAAAGGCUUGCUGACCCAAGAUGUGCAGCAUGAUAAACUUGUUGAGUUCUGUGUGACCUUAGCUCAGAGCAAUCUGGAUUUUGCAAUGAAUCAUAUGAUCCUGGAAUUAUUGAAACCAGAUAGUUUAAGUGAAGCUAAGGUUGUUGGUCUUAGGGCUUUGCUCGAGAUAGUUGUUUCUCCAUCAAAUCAACAAAUUGGCUUGGAUGUUUUGCAAGUGUCUGGUAUUGGGCACUAUAUUCCAAAGGUGAAGUCAGCAAUUGAGUCAAUACUAAGGUCUUGCAACAAGGCAUAUAGCCUAGCACUUCUCACAUCAUCAAAGGCUACAAUAGAUAAUGUAACCAAGGAUAAAUCUCAGGGAUCACUCUUCAGGUCUGUGCUUAAAUGUAUCCCAUACUUGAUAGAAGAGGUGGGCCGUAAUGAUAAAAUGACUGAGAUUAUACCUCAGCAUGGCAUAAGUAUUGACCCUGCGUCACUUGGUCGCCUGGUGGAGCUGAUGCGUUUGUGGAGAGUAUGCCUAUCUGAGGAGGCUUUGGUAAAAGACAUGCAAUAUGGUAGGCGUUCUAGUAUAGGAGGGGAUGCACUACAGAGGUCUCCUUUCCAUAGGUCCAGGGAUGUAUCUGAAUUUCGCGCCUCAGAAAUGGAUGCAGUUGGCCUUGUCUUUCUCAGUUCUGCUGAUGUUCAAAUAAGGCUCACUGCCCUGGAGUUACUGCGAUGUGUUCGAGCACUGCAAAAUGAUCUCAGGGAUUACUCAGCAAAUGAAUUGGGUGACAAUAAACUGAAACUUGAACCAGAGCCAAUAUUUAUCAUAGAUAUCAUAGAGGAGAAUGGGGAAGACCUUGUUCAAAGCUGUUAUUGGGAUCCGGGACGACCUUAUGAUCUAAGACGUGAAAUGGACCCUAUUCCUUUGGAUGUGACUCUUCAAUCCAUUUUGGAGAGUGUAGAUAAAAGCAGAUGGGCUCGCUACCUCAGUGAAAUUGUGAAAUAUGCAGCUGAACUUUGCCCGAGCUCUGUGCAGGAUACAAGAUUAGAGGUUAUUAGAAGACUUGAACAGAUUACUCCUGCUGACCUCGGUGGAAAGGCUCAGCAAUCACAAGAUUCUGAAACUAAACUUGACCAAUGGUUGAUAUAUGCCAUGUUUGCAUGCUCUUGUCCACCUGAUAUUAGAGAAGAAUUUAAAAUCAAAUCAGCAAGAGAAGUCUUCCAUAUGAUUUUUCCAUCAUUGCGUCAUGGUUCAGAAGCAUAUGCACUUGCUGCUACAACUGCCCUUGGCCACUCACAUUUAGAAGUAUGUGAAAUCAUGUUUGGUGAUCUGGCAUUAUUGAUUGAGGAGGUGUCAUCAGAAACGGAAGGAAAACCCAAAUGGAAGUGCUUCCUUGGUUUAUGUCCAUGCAGAAUCCUAGGUCCCGCCCGUGAGGAUCUUGCACUCAUGUUCUUGAAUAUACAUCGAAUGAUAGCUGAGAAGGUUUGGCCUGGGAUGCUUAGUCGGAAACCUGUGCUGCGCCAGCAGUUUUUGAAGUUCAUUGAAGAAACAUACCGCCAAAUUACUAUUUCCUUGGCCGAUAGCUUUCAAGACUUGCAGCCUCUGCGAUACGCAUUAGCAUCUGUUCUGAGAUACCUAGCUCCAGAAUUUGUUGAUGCGAAAGCUGAGUGGUUUGACAACAGAAUACGUAAGAGGCUUUUUGAUCUUGUCCUUACCUGGAGUGAGGAUUCUGGUAGUUCAUGGGGACAGGAAAGCAGCAGUGACUAUCGUCGUGAAAUUGAGCGAUAUAAAAGUAACCAACAUAUGAGGUCAAGGGAAUCGCUUGACAAACUUGCAUUUGACAGGGAAAUGGCUGAACAGUUAGAAGCUAUUAACUGGGCUUCUAUGAAUGCCAUUGCUUCAUUGCUUUAUGGGCCUUGUUUUGAUGAUAAUGCAAGAAAGAUGUCUGGCCGGGUGAUAUCAUGGAUUAAUAGUUUAUUCAUGGAACCAUCUGCAAGAGCACCUUUUGGGCAUUCACCAGUUGAUCCGCGAACACCGUCAUAUUCAAAGCAUACUGACGGCGGACGUUUUGGUGGGAGGGACAAGCAGAAAACUAGCCACUUGCGACUCCUCUUAGCAAAAAACGCGCUGAAGAAUAUUUUGCAGACAAAUUUGGACUUGUUUCCUGCUUGCAUAGAUCAGUGCUACUCUCCAGACCCUCAAAUAGCAGAUGGCUAUUUCAGUGUUCUGGCUGAAGUCUACAUGCGCCAAGAGAUUCCAAAUGUGAAAUCCAGAGACUUAUGUUGGAGACACUCUCUCUUCAGCGAAUGGGCUGAAGGCGAUACUGAUGGUGUUGGGCAUUACCGGGCUUCUGUUGUUGGCAACCUCCGGAUUCCUACCAACAAUUCCAGUAUAAGUUGUCCUCAAAGCUUGCCAAGGACCAUCCUGAGCUCACGUCAGCUUGAUGCAGUGGACAUUAUUGCACAACAUCAGGUCCUUACAUGCAUGGCUCCUUGGAUAGAAAAUCUCAACUUUGUGAGACUGAAGGAAUCUGGCUGGAGUGAGAGGUUACUGAAAAGUCUUUAUUAUGUGACAUGGAAACAUGGUGAUCAGUUUCCUGAUGAGAUUGAGAAACUUUGGAGCACUGUGGCAAGCAAUACUCGCAAUAUCAUCCCAGUUUUGAACUUCUUGAUCACCAGAGGGAUUGAGGACUGUGAUGCCAAUCCAUCGGCAGAGAUCACUGGUGCUUUUGCUACUUAUUUUUCUGUUGCGAAGCGUGUUAGCCUAUAUCUUGCUCGGAUCUGCCCACAACAGACCAUUGAUCACUUGGUCUGCGAGCUAUCUCAGAGAAUGCUCGAGGACAACGAAGAACCAGUCAGGCCUGGGAAAGUUGAUAUCUCUGCAAAUGUCGUAUUGGAGUUUUCUCAAGGGCCUACUGCCUCUCAGGUUGCAACAGUUGUCGAUAGCCAGCCUCACAUGUCCCCCCUUCUUGUUCGUGGUUCCCUUGAUGGUGCAGUUAGAAAUUUACCGGCAAGUGUAUCUGGCCCACUGAGCCCAUUGGCUCCUGAGGCCAGCUACUUCAGCGUUAAUGAAUAUGUCGGGGCCGUUGAUGGGUGUUCAAGCUCUGCUGGUAAUCUGAGGAGCCGCCAUGUUUCCAGAGAUAGUGGUGACUACUACUUUGAUACCCCAAACUCAACAGAUGAUUUUUUUGCAUCAAGGGGCAGUGGAAUUCACGGGAUCAAUGCCAAUGAGCUCCAGUCAGCAUUACAAGGGCACCAACACUUGCUUUCACGUGCUGACAUAGCUUUGAUUCUUCUGGCUGAAAUUGCUUAUGAAAAUGAUGAAGACUUCCGUGAAAAUUUACCUCUGUUGUUCCACGUCACAUGUGUUUCGAUGGAUAGCUCAGAAGACAUUGUGCUCGAGCAUUGCCAAGAUUUGCUCGUGAAUCUCCUGUAUUCAUUGGCUGGCCGUCAUCUUGAGCUGUAUGAGGUUGAAAGUAGUGAAAGAGAGAAUAAGCAUCAUGUGGUGAGCUUGAUAAAAUACAUUCAGUCUAAAAGGGGCAGCCUGAUGUGGGAGAACGAGGAUCCUACCCUUGUCCGGACCGAACUUCCUAGUGCUUCACUCUUAUUGGCACUUGUGCAAAGCAUGGUUAGUGCUAUUUUCUUCCAGGGGGACCUUCGUGAGACUUGGGGUUCUGAAGCUCUCAAGUGGGCCAUGGAGUGCACAUCUCGUCACCUGGCUUGUCGGUCGCACCAGAUAUACCGUGCGUUACGUCCCAGUGUUAAAAGUGAUAGCUGUGUAUUGCUUCUGAGAUGCAUCCACAGAUGCUUGGGGAAUCCUGUUCCAGCUGUUCUAGGUUUUGCGAUGGAGAUAUUGCUGACUUUACAGGUCAUGGUUGAAAACAUGGAACCUGAGAAGGUUAUACUUUAUCCACAGCUCUUUUGGGGCUGCGUUGCACUGAUGCACACCGACUUUGUACACAUCUACUGCCAGGUGCUUGAGUUGUUUUGUAGGGUAAUUGAUCGCUUGACAUUCCGUGACCGGACAACAGAAAAUGUGUUACUCUCAAGCAUGCCACGUGAUGAGUUUGACAUCAAUGGGUAUGCAAGUGACCUCCACAGGCUGGAGUCUAGAACUACUUCAGAGAGACUGUUAUCUGUGGCUGAGACUGGGAAGGUCCCUGCUUUUGAAGGGGUGCAGCCGCUGGUGCUGAAAGGGCUCAUGUCCACUGUUAGCCAUGGAUCUGCAAUUGAGGUGCUAUCUAGGAUCACUAUACCUACGUGUGACUCUAUAUUUGGGAGCCCUGAGACAAGGUUACUGAUGCACAUCACAGGCCUUCUUCCAUGGCUUGGUUUGCAGCUCACGAGGGAACGUGAAGUACCUUCCCUCGGGUCAGCUUCGCCACUGCAAGAACAGAACCAGAAAGCUUACUAUGUGGCAUCCAAUAUCUCAGUAUGGUGCCAUGCCAAGUCUCUGGACGAUUUGGCCGAAGUGUUCAGAGCAUAUUCCUUUGAGGAAAUCAUGUCGUUGGAAGAUCUGUUUGCACGAGCUUCGCCACCAAUCUGUGCAGAGUGGUUCCCUAAGCACUCAUCUUUGGCCUUUGGGCACCUGCUGAGGCUCCUGGAGAGAGGCCCUCUGGAUUACCAGCGGGUGAUUCUUCUGAUGCUUAAAUCGCUGCUGCAGCAAACCCCUGUGGAUCCGUCCCAGAUACCCCAGGUGUACAACGUCGUGUCGCAGCUGGUGGAGAGCACAUUAUGCUCGGAGGCACUGAACGUGCUGGAGGCGCUGUUACGGAGCUGCAGCGGCGUGGCUGGCGGGCAAGGCGAGGAGGCUGGAUUUGGCGAGAAUGGGCAUGGAACCGGGGAGAAGGUCCUCCAGAGCAUGCUGCUUCCUCAGUCGUCUUUCAAGGCUAGGAGCGGACCGCUGCAGUAUGCCGCGGGGUCGGGGUUCGGGUCCUUGAUGGGGCAAGGCGGCGGCGGUGGCAGCAGCAGCGCCCCAGAUAGCGGGUUGGUGGCACGGGAUGUAGCGCUGCAGAACACCCGGCUGCUGCUUGGGCGAGUUCUUGAUACCUGCGCGCUUGGGCGCAAGAGGGAUCACAAGCGGCUGGUGCCCUUUGUGGCAAACGUCGGGUAA